AUGGACAUAACUUCACAUUGGCCAAGGAGGGCCGCCUCAACAACGUUUGCAUAUGGGGACAGGAGAGAGCCCAUUCUGCCUAAGCCCUACAUUAAGAAUCCAAACCAAUAUCCUCCUACAGUCAAUGCCGAAUACCAUGAACACAAAGAUGAAGUCCUAAAGAUCAAGGGCAAAAAGGAAGCGGUCAUUCCCACCAAAGAGGCGAGCUAUAUCAAAUGUAGAAAUGAAGAGAAAUUGGAGGCGGGGAUCGAACUAAAUCAGGCCCUUCGACACCAAGCGAAUCUUGCCGGUGCUAUGCGCGCGGGCUUCGCCCAUAAAUACCCUACUGCAUACGAGAACGAGGAGGCCAUAAAGGGCCAUGAGAUGGCGGUAACACACACAAAGAACACCGCAAAGGCCGCGCGCAAAAACGAAGCCUGA